GAUAAUCCUUAUCCUAAAAAAAUACCUACCCUGAUACGACCUAAUCUAAUUUUCAUUUGAGAAUCUGUUAAUGACAAUUAUCAUUAAUCAAAGGACUUGACAAAUCGAAACUAGAAAGAAAGAUGCUCUGGAAGAAUUAAAUGCAGGAUUCACCUUUUUUUUUCUUGGAAGGUGAAUGUAGUAUUUUACCAGAACCUGCUUCGUUACCAUCUCCCAAAUUCAGUAAAAACCAUGAGCCACAACCUGGUGCCGUUAACUCCGUCACCAACCACCCCACCUGCUCAGGACGAACAAGAUACCCGUCUCUCUAAUAAUGAUAAUAAUAAUAAUCACUCUUCACCAACUCCUCCAGCUCCAGGUCCUGGAAAAUUAACAGCCCGGUCAGCCUUAUAUGAGAUAUGUGCGAAAAGCCAUUUGAAUCGUCCAGAGUUCGUUUGUUGCAACGAGACCGGUCCGAGCAAUAAGCGAUUGUUCAUCUACAAGGUGAUUAUUGAAAUGAAAGAACCGAAAGAAGGGUUAACGUCGACAACGGUGGUUGAGUGUAUCGGGAAGCAACAGUCAAACAAGAAGGCUGCAGCAGAAUCGGCUGCUGAAGGACUUUUAUGGUACCUACAGGGUUUAGGAUAUCCCAAAAAGCCUGGCCCAUCCAAGACAUCGAGGUGACUUAUUACACUUUAGCUUGAAGCUAGUGCGUAGUUUUAAGCGUAUUGAUCUAGUGCUGCGUAAUAAUAUGAAAUUCUAUUAUUAAGGUAUUGUAUUUCUGCUAGAGGCCGUAUGAAGCUCUCUUAGCAAAUGCAAUGUGAUUGAACUAGUGCAGUAUUAGAUCGAUUAAGUUUAGUGGAAUUUCCAUCUUGUACGCACUAUAUGGUUAGACUUUAGCAUAAUACGAUCAUUCUUGA